AUGGCCCAUCCAGUGAAGGAGUUCCGUCUGCCGACCAUCGUCUUCAUUCCCGGCGCUUGGCACGGCCCGUGGGCUUUUGAUACGGUCCGCAAGAACCUGGAGAGUCACGGAUACCCAGGCUCGGCAACGACACUGGCCUCGCUCGCCAAUCUCGACUCCGAUGGGGGCAUGUAUGAGGACGCAGCAAGCAUCCGCACCGAGCUUGAGGGGCUCAUCGAGCGUGGAAACGAGGUCGUUGUGGUCGCACACUUAGGGAAACAAUGGAGGCGCGGUAAUAUUCGCGUGCUUGGCCUCGUUCGCCCAUAUCUGCUGGAAUGCGCCUCGAAGAUGAUGUUGGCGGCGGCUAUCCUGACUGGUAGAACAUCACUGAUGGCUUCCCAUCACCUGUCAGAGCGUUGGGACAAAUCAGCUUUCGAGACGAGUCAAAGACUUCAAGUUGGAUACACCUUUACAGAGAAAAGCCAGGCCAUUGCUGUUGAGGCUCAAAGGGGCAUGGUAUCCCAGUUCCCGGCCGGAUCGUUCACUAUCAACCUGAACACCAGCCACUCGCCGUUCCUGAUUGGAAAUGAGAUGGACCUAAGUAACUGA